UCUAAGACGCUGAAGAUGGAAACCCCUACAACUGCUGUGAAUUCACCAAUAUCAGUAAGAAACGGUGAGUUUGAGAGAAACAACUCAUCCUCUUUCGGCACUCCACAGCAAGCCGGCUUUGUUUUUCUGUAUUCCAUAACGAUACUAGUCGCUCUGAGUGGAAAUUUCCUCCUGAUAUUCAUCGUCAAGUGGAGACCUCAAGCAAGGUCCCUCACACGGGUUUUGUUCGUUAACAUGGCCGUCGCUGAUAUCUUCGUGACCUUAGCUGUGAUGCCCGAGUCCAUGUCAUUUGUCUUUACUCUGGGGAAAUGGUUCCCUGGAGACCUAGGCCUUGUCACAUGUGCAGGUGUGAGGUACUUAAACUUCACCUCACUGGCGGCGUCCAUCGGUAGUCUAUUGUUAAUGUCAGUGGAUCGCUACUUGGGAGUUACUUUUCCUCUCGAUCGUUUCCCAAAAUUUCGUCGAGGGCGAAUCCUUUCCGUGGGAAUUUGGUUGAGUGCAACGAUUACCUCGAUCCCCGUUGCUGUGACAUGGAAAAAUGUUCAAUAUCGUCCAAACGGCACGUUUUACUGUGCGCCCUUGUUCCAGUCUCCUGGGAAAAACUUCAAGAUGAUCUUUUAUUACCUGUAUUUGUUUUUUCUUAUGUACUUGAUUCCACUACUUGUGAUAUCCACGCUAUAUUUCUCGGUUUGUCGCCGGCUGCGCAAGAGAAAUAUUCCAGGAUUCGAUAUUCCAGAAACGAAACAACGAAACGAGGCGACCAAACAAAAGGUUGUGCGCAUGCUUAUGAUAAUCACCGCUGUAUUCGCCAUCUGUUGGCUUCCAUCACAAGUCUAUAGUGUCGCGGCUCUUGGAUUCUUUCCUGAUGUUCAUUAUGUUCUACUUCCUCGCUAUGUGCAGUAUUUAUUCAACUGGUUGGGACACGCUAACAGUGCCAUAAAUCCAUGGUUGUGCUUGACCUUAAGCGAAACAUUGCGUGAGGCCCUUUGUAAAGUUUUGAAGAGAGAUCAGCAUUCCAACUCUCGUUACUCUAAAUCUACAAGAUCUCAGACCUCAACAAAAUAUACUUCAGUCAAGAGUGUGCGUAGCCCCGUACCAAUGCCAGAUGCCCACAUGGAUAGCAAAGAAAUACAUGAUGUGUGCAAUGACGAAGAAGAACAGAAUUGCCGCGAAACAAACGUGUGAAGAAGAAAAGUAAAUAAAAUAACGAGAAACAUUGGUCGAAUUGGGGCCUUUACAAAACUAUAUUACUCGACCUUACUUGUCAUAUGAAGUACUGGUUGCGAUGCGAAAUUGGUUAGAGAUUGAUAAGAUAUUCCAUAUUAUUUGGAAUUUUGAGAACAAUUAGAGAUAAACUGGAAGAUUUUAUAGCUACUGAUUCCAUUUCAACUUUGUCUCAUGCUGCAUGGUAUUUUAGUCGACAGUUUUCCAUUGAACAUUCUAACCAAUAAGGAGCCCACCUUUGUGCGCAGAAGCAGCAGUGGCUUGCCAUCAUUCACAGGAAUAGAGGCUGUAAAACUUCAAAACAAUGUGGCUUUGCAGCAUAGUGAUGUGCUGAGCGCAAAACUUUUGUCAUUUGCAUGACAUUUGUGACAAAUCCGCAUGAAUGAAUGACAAAUCCGCUUGAAUGUUUUGCCGAACAAAUUUUUAUCCUGGGCUUGCGGAGUUUUCGACUCUGGCUCCGAUACUUGGGAGGCAGUGUAACAUUCCUUAAAAAUUUUUUCCCAAGAGGAGAUGUGUAGAAAAACGUGGUAGUUUCGAAUGUGUGUUUUUGAAAUUGUUUGAUCUCCAAACGUUCAUCUUUCGAAUACACUUCCUUAGUUUGCUCUAAAGUUGAACUGAAUUAGAUGACAUCUUGUACUUGCUUUAGAUUGCAAUUUUUGGCAUUUUUUCUGUUAUCGUACAAUUUCUCUAUACUAGCUAUGCGGAAGAGAAUACCUAACAAGGAGAAGUUAUCGCCGUGCCACAAGAACAUUUAAGAUGUUUCCAACUGUUAAAUUGUUUUAUUCCGUUUUUAUGGCUUGGGUGAAAUAUUUGGUAAACAGAAUGGAUGGAAUAUAAGGCCCAUCGUGAGAUACACGAUUAUUCCUUCUGUGUUGAUAAUAUUGACAGACCCUCGACAUUUCUGAUGCCUGUUACUUCCUGUAAGUCAAAGUCUACGCGUGAUUGUAUACACGAUACCAAGAGAAAAAAUAGUGGGACAUUAUUUUAUCGUGACGAAAAUUCUGGAGUAGUUCCAUCCAGCUACUAUGCCAGUCCUGUACAACUCGAAAAACUUCCGUUUAAAAAGGAAGUCUUCUAGAAAUUUAAAAUGAAAGAUCCAAAUGAUUGCACCUUUAGGCGACGUCGUCAUUCUGUUUCUGCAAAAGAUAUUAUGUUCUUUGAAACAGGAUACCAAUUUCCACGCUUUAUAAAAGGCUAUGAACUGCCCAGGUGUUAUCAAGCGUUUGUUUAAUGAGAUGCGGUGGAAAGAUAAAAGUCGGUCCUAUCGUCGGUGUGUUUAAUGCAAGAUCUAUGUUCACUUAGCAGUAGAUUAACAAACUGGUUCCGAAGGUUCUCCAUUGAUGUUACUAAUGAGUUACCCUUUGCCAUAACUAUUUCUGGUGAUUAUUUAUGGCAAAGGGAAAGAUCCAAGUCCAGCAGAUAAAUAGCAAAUUAAAUAAACCUGAUGUUGAUAACCAACGCUGAA